UCAGAAUACACCUUUUCUUUUUUCUUAGUAACAAAGUUAUUUUCGAUACGGUUAUGUGUACUUUAUGUUACGAACAUUGUUCGUUACGACGCGAUGUAAAUAUAAAAUCUCACCACACGCAUAAAUUAACCGUUAUUUUACCGAUACUUUGAUUGUACGAUCUCAACUCUAUGUAUACUAUGGUUAAAAAGAAACGGAGGGAGACGCGCAAAACAUGUCUAAAAUAGCCGGUUACGAUACACACGACGAUGGUCCAGGUUUCGUCGGUAUUAGAUUUUGCCAGGAAUGUAACAACAUGCUGUAUCCGAAAGAAGAUAAAGAGAAUAAAGUAUUAAUGUACGCACGAAUUGACACACAUUGUCGCGGAUGUCAUAUCAGAUCCUACUUUACCGAGAACCGAAGAACAUCCAUGUCCAAAGUGUAACCACAGAGAAGCUGUAUUCUUUCAAGCUCAAACUAGACGAGCAGAAGAAGAAAUGAGAUUGUAUUAUGUCUGUACUAAUCAGCAUUGUUCCCACAGAUGGACAGAAUGAAGUAGUUUGUACAUGUCGAUGUUAUUUAUAUAUUUCUAAAAUAUUGUAUAAAACGAGAAAAAAAUGUAAUAAAGUGUAUAAAAUUUUUAAAAUAUUGUGUAAAAAGAGAACAAAGUGUAAUAAAGCGUAUAAAAUUUUUCUUUUCCGAUUGAUAAAUUGAACUUGAUUGUAAAUAAUAACAUACACGUGUACGUACAUGUUGUGUGAUCAUAUUUUGAUAGAUGGACACAUCUAUAUAUACAUUCGUACAUUCGUGCCAUAUACGUACAUUCAACGAAGAAGUAUAACUUUUUUUGAUAAUCUAGAAUUAUAAUCAUCAAUAUUUGAUAAAUAAUGUCUAUCACUCGAUGCAUAAUAAAUUGAUCCAAACUGACAAUUCUAGGA